AUGGAAGUUUUGCUUUUACAUCCAACCAAGAUCUUGGAGCAGUCGAGAUAUCAACGUGGUGUAGCACUAUCCGUGGAGAGCAUUCUGGACGUUCCUAGAACACCAAACGGCGUCUUUGUGUUCAAUUUCGGUUGGCUGAUUACGUUGGCAUUGAGUGCAGGAGUGACUGCCGAUUUGCUUAUUGCGGCUUCAAUGGUGUACUACCUGAGAAAACUGGCAUCCCCGACAAAUCUUCAGUCGACAACCGUAUUCUUAAACCGUCUUAUUCAAUUUUCUCUCCUCUAUUCCAUCUCGCUUCUCGUGUCGCUCAACGCUCGUUCACACAACGUUGAACAAAAUGCAGACGUUGGUGCCUCGGACCUUCAUUUCAACUCGCACCCCGAGAUCACGGGACCUUCAGAAUUGAAAUACGACCCGACUAGUCGGUCGUAUUUCGACGCCACCGAUUUGAUGAUUCGAAGUCCGACUGUGCUUGGCCUUGUCUUGGACUGUCACUUCUAUGUCACUCCCAAUGACGUAGACAGCGUAGAUAAUAUUUAA